AUGGAUGAGGAGAAUGCGAUGGCUCCGAUUCCGAUCUUGGGGGAUGGAGUUGAGGGAGGCAACCCAUCGGGAACGGGAGAUGUGGAAUGGUUUUUUAAUUUGGCUUUCAGGGGGGAGGCUGUAAGAGCUGAUGGGUUUAUAUGCGAGGAGCAUCCUCCUAAGAUCUCUUCUGAUGGUAUUUGGGAGAGACUUGUUUUGAACGACAAUGGUCUUCCCAUUUGGCAUUACCGGCUUCCGAAUCUUGAGCUUGCCGGGCUGGUCUUGAACGCUCUACUUACUGUUACACAUGACAAGUCGUUUGUUCGGGAGAUCUUGUUCCCGCAAAACAGAAUCGACAUUCCGGGAUGCCUUGGAUCAUUUGGCUUCUUGAUUUUCUGGUUCCUCAAGGGUGUGAAAAUGGACGUCAAGAGAAUUUAUAAGGCUGAAGCAAAGGCAAGACUCACCGGAAUUGCAGCGGUUAUUGUCCCUAUACUUGUUGGAGCAGUACUUUUCAAGUUUAAACCAGCUCAGAAACGACCGCUCAAGGUCGAUGAAUAUGACGUAUUGGUGCUGAUGGAGAGCMUCUCGUCCUUCUCSGGGAUCGCAAGGCUCUUGCRCGACCUUGGCAUGAACCACUCGUCUAUUGGUCGGGUCGCUUUAUCCUCAGCCUUGGUCUCUGAUWUGGUUGGACUCUUUUUCUUGUURUURAACGKUCCUCUGACUAUGCCAUCGUUCMKUGAUGGUGUAGCUCUAUUURUAGAGACGGUCUUCUUUAUYAUCCUUAUGUUUGCGGUUAUGAGGCCGUUAUUGUUCAAAGUAAUCAAACGGAAGCGAGAAGGGAGACCAAUCGAAGACAAGUACAUUUACGGGAUUCUYGUCUUGCUUUGCUCAGCAWGUMUUUAUUUUASCGRWMUKMAACAGUUUCCUGCACUUGGAGCCUUCUUUGUCGGUCUCGCCAUUCCCAAUGGACCUCCUCUGGGAUCUGCAUUGAUCGAACGAUUAGAGAGCUUCAAUUUCGGUAUCAUAUUGCCUCUUUUCUUGUCUGCCGCGAUGCUCAGGGCAGAUCUCGCAACUUGGAAAGACAGUCUCACACUCUUUAGGGGCAAUGAACGGAAUUUCGCGGUUGCAUCUCUCGUCUUGCUCAUCUUCUUGUUGAAGAUCUCUGCCACAGUGAUCGUACCUUACCUCUACAAAAUGCCAUUGAGAGACUCCGUUAUUCUUGCCCUUAUCAUGUCCCAUAAGGGUAUUAUCGAACUCAGUUACUACCUUUUCUCGUACGGCAUUGAACUUAUAUCCAGAGAUAUCUUCUCUGUCCUAGUUUUGUCCAUUGUCCUCAACUCGGUUCUCAUACCACUGGCGAUCGGAUUUCUCUACGACCCAUCGAAGCAAUUCGUGUGCUACCAAAAGAGAAAUUUAGCGAGUAUGAAGAACAAUGGAGAGCUAAAGACUCUUGUGUGCAUCCACAGGCCGGACCACAUAUCUUCCAUGAUCAACCUUCUAGAAGCUUCUUAUCAAUCCGAAGCGAGCCCUCUCACAUGCUAUGUGCUUCACCUUGUCGAGUUACAAGGACAAGACGCUCCAACUUUGAUCUCACAUAAAGUCCAAAAACUCGGAGUAGGGACGGGAAACAAAUAUUCGGAAAACGUCAUCCUCUCUUUUGAACAUUUUAAUCGUUAUGUUUGCAGUUCCAUUUCCAUAGACACGUUCACUUGCAUCGCAAACCCGAAUCAUAUGCAGGAUGAUAUUUGUUGGCUAGCUCUUGAUAAAGCUGUCACACUUAUCAUUCUUCCUUUUCACCGGACUUGGUCACUAGACCGAACAUCCGUCGUAGCCGACAGUGAGAUGAUCCGAUUUCUUAAUUUCAAUGUCUUGAAACAAGCUCCUUGCUCUGUCGGCAUCCUUGUCGAACGCCAUCUUGUUAACAAAAAGCAAGAAUCUCAACAAAGCUUUAAGGUAUGUGUGAUCUUUGUGGGAGGAAAAGACGACAGGGAAGCCUUGGCCUUUGCGAAGCGAAUGGCUUGUCAAGAAAACGUGACAUUAACGGUUCUACGCCUCCUAGCAUCUGGGAAGAGCAACAAAGAAGCAACGGGAUGGGAUCAGAUGCUUGACACGGCGGAACUAAGAGAGUUGAUGCGAAACAACGAUGCAGGAAUGCUAAAAGAAGAAAGUUCCACAAUUUACUUGGAACAAGAGAUAUUGGAUGGAGCGGAUACGUCAAUGCUUCUACGUUCCAUGGCUUUCGAUUACGAUCUUUUCAUCGUGGGAAGAACCUGUGGCGAGAACCACGAGGCGACAAGAGGGAUAGAGAAUUGGUGUGAGUUUGAGGAACUUGGAGUCAUUGGUGAUUUCUUGGCCUCGCCGGAUUUCCCAAGCAAAACGUCCGUGUUAAUAGUUCAACAGCAACGAACGGUAUAG